AUGGCAGCUCAUGAAACGUUGGAUUGGAGACUAACCUUACCUGCUGAUGAAAGAAAUGAAAAAAGGGGUAAAAUAUUUAAUUUUCUUUUAAAGUUAUGCCCACAAUACACCAAACAAGAAUUGACAAAUAAAGCAACAAGUAUUGAAGAAACCAUUUUUAAUUCACCACAAAUUACAACUCAUAUGCAGUAUCUUGAAGCAAUUGCGAAAAAAAUAUUUAAAAUUCAUACAUCUUUUGAUAAUAAAACAGAUCCAGCUGCUGCAACUCCACAACCCCAAACUCCAAUCACACCAAUUACACCAAUGACCCCCAUUGCAAAUCAGCAACCUGCAACUCCACAACAACAACAAUCAAAACAACAACCACAGCA